AUGGCUUGUGACCUCCCCGAUGACUCCACGGAAAGUGACUUCAUCCUCAGCCUGGUGCCCAGGCCCAGCAGCUCCAGCGAGUCCCACCUGAACUCAGGCCUUCUCUCUCACCUCGGUUCUCUGCCCUGCGAAGCGGAGAGGGAGUCUGUGCAGAAGAGGACCUUCACUCGCUGGAUCAACCUCCAUCUCGAAAAGUGCAACCCUCCACUAGAAGUUAAUGAUUUAUUCGUUGACAUUCAAGAUGGCAAAAUCUUAAUGGCUUUGUUAGAAGUCCUGUCCGGACGAAAUCUGCUGCAUGAGUACAAAUCCUCCACCCACCGUAUUUUUCGGUUGAACAACAUUGCGAAAGCACUUAAGUUUUUGGAAGAUAGCAACGUAAAACUGGUUAGCAUCGACGCGGCGGAAAUAGCAGAUGGGAACCCCGCGUUGGUUCUGGGGCUGAUAUGGAACAUCAUCCUCUUCUUCCAGAUUAAGGAGCUCACGGGAAACCUCAGCCGGAACUCUCCGUCCUUGAGCCUGUCUCCCGGCUCGGGGGGCACCGACUCGGACUCCUCCUUCCCCCCGACGCCCACCACGGAGAGGAGCGCGGUGCUGUCCCUCAAGGACCAGCGGAAGGCCAUUAAGACCCUGCUCUCGUGGGUGCAGAGGAAGACGAGGAAGUAUGGUGUGGCGGUUCAGGACUUUGCGGGCAGCUGGAGAAGUGGGCUGGCCUUCCUGGCCGUGAUCAAGGCCAUUGACCCCAGCCUGGUUGACAUGAAGCAGGCGCUGGAAAACUCCUCCCGGGAAAAUCUAGAGAAGGCGUUCAGCACCGCCCAGGAUUUCCUUCACAUCCCCAGACUCCUGGAGCCGGAAGACAUCAUGGUCGACGUGCCGGACGAGCAGUCUGUUGUGACCUACGUGGCCCAGUUCCUGGAGCGUUUCCCCGCGUUGGAAGCCGAAGACGUUGUUGACGCUGACGCAGAGGCCCCGAUAGAGUCGACGUUUGUCCGCAUCAGGGAGACCCCGUCUGAGCAGGAGAGCCCCAUCUUUCUCCUGACGGAGAACGGGGAGCAGACCUACACGGUCAGCCAGGAAGUCAGCCAGCCCCCGCCCGCCAAAGUCUUCGUGAGCGACAGGCCCGAGAGCAAGGCCUUCCAGCUUCGGCCCCCCGUGGGCGGCUCUGCCACCUCCAGCGAGCUGGUGCACCAGCUGAUCGACCAGGUCCUCCAGGGCAGCCCCUGCAAGGCCAGCGACUCCAGCGAGCCCAUGCCCGAGACGUCCAUCCUGGCUUCCAGAAAGGACAACCGCAGGGCCAACUCUCUGCCCGUCAAGAAGACGGUCCACUUUGAGACCGAUCUUUACAAGGACGCCUCUUGCAGUAGAGACCCACGCCUUUCCUUGAACUUGACCCCCAGAGGGGCUAAGGAUCCCUUGAGGCAGGACAGCCAGGUGGUGGCCGGGGAGGUUGAAGAGGGAAAGAACCCCAAACCGGAAGCCCCCAAGGCCCCAGAAGCAGCCCCCAGCAGGGAGGGCGUCUCUUCGGCAGGUGAUAAGCUCGGGGAUCCCCAGACCUCCUGUAAUGGGGCGCUGGAGCGGGCAGAGGACCCCCUGGGAGAAGAGCAUUCCCCUCCCGACUUCGCAGGGAAGAUCUUGCGGGCGGACCCCGUGGAGAUUAGGGUCCAGCUGCUGAGCGUGGACCCGCCGGACAGCGAAGACUCCUUUGAAGGCAUCCCCUUAAAAGCCUCCAAGUUCAAUCACGACCUAGUGGACUUCGCGACCACCAGCCAGGCCUUCCGGGAGGUGCCGUCCAGCCCCGAGAGCCCGCCCGCAUCCCAGGGCCGGCCUGAACCCCGGGGUAAAAGGAGCAAGAAAAGGGCUGGGAGAAAGAAGGGCCCGGCCCAGAACCCGGCUGCUCCCGAGCCGCAGGGCCCCGGGGAGGACGCUGGGCGGGAAGAGCAAGGCCCUCAGGGGCCCCCCAAAGAGGCGCCCGCAGACCGGAAGCGGGAGGUGUGCGAGAAGGCCAAGUGCAAGUCCGCGCGGCGGGGCAGGGAGGACGACCCGGAGGAGGAGCCGGUCCUGGAGGAGGAGGACGAUGACGAGGACAGGGAGCUGCCCUGCAACCCGCCCAGCAGCAGCGUCAGCCUGGAGACCCUGGGCAGCCACAGCGAGGACACCCUGGACUUCAAGCCCUCGCCGCCCCUCUCCAAGGUCUCCGUCAUCCCCCAUGACCUGUUCUACUACCCGCACUACGAGGUGCCCCUGGCCGCCGUCCUGGAAGCCUACACCGAGGGUGCCGAGGAAGAGGGCAAACGGGAGGACUUGGAGCUGGAAGACCCCGAUGGUGGUUUGCAGGACCUGGACUUCCGGGGGAGGGAGGAGGAGGAGGAGGAGGAGGAAGAGGCUGGGGACUCACUGGGCAGCUGCAGCUUUGUGGUAACGGGCCAGGACCUUCGAGGUGACAAGGGCCAGCUGCCCUAUCACGAAGAGGGCGCUACGGGAGCCCGAGAGGCCCCCGACCAGCCCGUGGACCACCUGGACAGGAGUGCCCAGGAGAGAGACACCUGGGAGAGCAGCCAUCAGUCCCAGGAACCUCUACACUCAGCAAGCGUGGCGGGUGAGGCCGUGGAGGGCAGGGCAGCGGCUGAACCGGUCAGCAGUAAAAAGAAGGAGAAGAGGAAGCACAUGAACCACGUGGAAAGUUCCGUGUUCCUGGCGCCCGGCGCCAUCCGCUCCUCCGACGAGCUGGACGAAGACCCUCCGGACCAUAAAAUCCCCUCCAGGACUAGCCACAGUGACUCCAGCAUUUACAUACGGCGACAUACUAAUAGGUCCUUGGAAUCGGAUCAUUUUAGCUAUGUUCAGUUGAGGAGUGUUGCUGAGCUGGACGACCGGAGGAACCGAAUAAGCACACGGUUUGGCUCUCAGAGGCUCACUGAGCUGAUUUUACAGUUCUAUGGCAUCAGAGCAGACAUGAAGAGGGAGUGCAAGCAUGCCAGGAUGCCCAUGAAAGCCAAUCACUCGGGGGAGGCCAUGUUGCCGGGCAACCAGAACCUGCCCAGUGACUCGCUGACACAACUUGUCCAACAGCCAGAUGUGAUGUAUUUCAUUCUCUUCCUCUGGCUCCUGGUUUACUGCCUGCUGCUUCUCCCCCAGCUGGACAUCAGCAGCCUCUGACGUGCAUGUCCAGACAAUAAAGGCGACAGGACCCUGA